AAAAAAAAAACAGAUAAACAACCACCAUCUCAUAACUAAAAAGACCAGACUUGUCAUUUGUAGUUCACUCCUCCUUUUCUCUUUCUUUCAUCUUCAUCUUCACCUCCUCUGUUUUUCCUUUUACCUUCCAAAGUUUCAAGGAAACCCUAAAUUCAACAUUCACUACUGUAACCUCAAAUGGGUGUUGAGUUGAAGAGGGAGCCAGUUGAGAGUAGUGGUUCUCUGCAUUGGUUUUGAAUGGGAAAGACAGAGGAGGAGCAGCGUGAAGCAGUGGGAUUUGAAGUGCCUAACCAGAAUGUAGAGAACCAGUGGGUAUGGUGUGGAAACAGUGGCUAUGGCUGCUGUGGCUGUUGUGGGAAACUCAUUGGUGUUAGAUGUGUCUUGGUUUUGUUGCUCUCUGCCGCUGUUUUUCUUUCUGCUCUCUUUUGGUUACCGCCGUUUCUCAAGUUUGCAGAUCACCAGGAUCUGGAUCUUGAUGCCUACAAAGGUCAUGAUAUAGUAGCAAGUUUCAAACUUAAGAUGCCAAUUUCUUUGCUGCAAGACAACAUCUUGCAGCUUCAGGAAGACAUUUUUAAUGAGAUGCCCUAUACUGGCAUCAAGGUUGUCAUCUUAUCUCUAGAUUCCAAUGGUGAAUCAAACGCAACAAAGGUUGUGUUUGGGCUUGAUCCUGAUGCAAAAGAUUCAAAAAUAUCCCAAGCUGCUGAAAGUGUGAUCAGGGAAAAUUUUGAAUAUCUGGUUGAAAAUCAAUUACCUCUAAGACUGAAUACAUCCUUGUUUGGGGAACCAUUCCUUUUUGAGGUGCUAAAAUUCCCAGGAGGAAUUACUAUAGUCCCCACACAUAAAGCAUUUCUUUUGCAGAAAGUGCAAAUCACUUUCAACUUUACAUUAAACUCCUCUAUCUAUCAAAUACAAAUAAAUUUCAUUGAGUUGAAGAGCCAGCUGAAGUUGGGAUUACAUCUGGCACCUUAUGAGAACUUGUAUGUUACGUUAUCAAACCUGAAAGGUUCGACAAUUGAGGCUCCCACUAUUGUUCAGUCUUCUGUUCUCCUGGCAGUUGGGACUCCCUCAAUACAAAGGUCAAAGCAACUGGCUCAAACCAUCAAAGGUUCUCAUUCGGGAAACCUUGGCCUGAAUAACACUGUAUUUGGUAGGGUUAAGCAAGUUCGUCUUUCAGAUAUCCACGGUGAUGAUGGCAGUGGUACCUCACCUUCUCCUGCACCUAUGCCUCAUCCUCACCACCAUCACCAUCACCACCAUCAUCACCAUCAUCAUCACCAUCACCACCACCAUCACCAUGAUACCCAUCUAGCUCCUGCAAUUCCUCCCAGAUCUGCAACUGAGAAGGGUACACCUGCAACUCACAAAGGUGCACCUGCACCUGCUCAUGCUUCACCUGCCCCAAAGAGCUCACCUGCGCCUGGGAGAAGUUAUGAAGCAAAGCCUCCUGGUUGCCAAUUUGGAUAUAAUAGGGGUUUUCCAAGGAAUGCAAAAAGGCACUCUCACUUAGUCCCUACUCUUGCACCAUAUAUAUAUCAUUAUCCUGCUUCCUCACCGCAAGCACAAGCAGUUACACCGGCACCCGUACCCCAUUCAAUUUCUGCAUCUAGUCCUUUACCAAAUGUGGUUUUUGCUCAUGUCCAGCCCCCAUCAAAAUCAGAACAUUCUGACAUUAUGCCAUCAGUGGCACCAUCACCAUCUUCAUCAUCUGUAGGGCGUCUUCAUACUGCGCAAUGGGCAUUUUCUCUGUUCCUAGCUCUUGUGUUACAGUUAUGACUUACGAACAAGGGAGAAACAUUCUAUAUUGUAGUUAAAAUCACUUCUCUGGUACUUGAAGGAUUCGAUAGUGUUGUUCGACUGGGACAAGCCGGAGGUGUUCUGUAAGUGUGAGCAACUCAAAGGGCAUGCUUCACAUUGGAGUGGAUAUAUGUUGUUUUUAUGCGUGUAAAUAUUUGAUUAAAAAUCCAGUUGGUAGAUGCAUUUUCAGGUCAAAGUCACAGAGAUGGCAGGCCGUGAUUACAUGCAUUGCAGCUGUUUUGUGUAUUCUCUUCUGCAGAAAUGCAAGGGGGAAAAAAGAAAAAAAAAGAAAAAAGAAAAAAGAACCAACAAAUGUAUAACAUUACCUUUUUGUUUAUCAUCCCUCCCACGUCAAUCAGGUAUGCUUUUUCCCCAAAGUAAGAAGGCCUCAUUUGGCAAAGAUUCUAGAAAUUUGAAAGCAUGUAUUUCUAAUGGAGCAGUUAGUUACUUGUGGGCUUCAAAACAAUUUAUGCCAAGGAUUGUACCCCUAAAGGAGAAAAGGAAAAAUAAAGAAAGAAAGAAGGAAAGAAAGAAAUUUAAGAAACUAAUCUCAUGUGGAAAAUCAGAGUCUUCAAACCAAAAAGGGCUAAUAAAGUUGGCUACCAAUCACCGCAAAAGGUGAGUUUUGUGCAUUGUGACAUAAGGCAAGUUUGAAAAAAAAGGGGCUUUUGGUACCAUUUUGUAAAUGGAAAGCCUACAAUGUAACAUAUGAUGUGAACAACAUGGCAAUGUAAUUCUAAUUGAUUGAACCAUUUUAGUAUUAACGAAGAUCUUCUCGUUUUAUAUUA